CCUUUACAUCGUGGUUGGUAAUACAAACGGUGAAAAAUUGUGGUCGACUGUGGAAAUUGACACCAAAAUAAAUUCGGGUUUUGUGUAUAAAUUUGUGUGGUACUUGCUUCAAACGUUUUAUAAACCCUCAAAGCUUGAAAAGUUUUCGUACUUUCUCUCUCUCUCUUUCUUCCUUUCUUGAGUGUGUAAUAAUGGCAGGGUUUAAGCAUCUUGUUGUUGUGAAGUUCAAGGAAUGUGCAGUGGUGGAAGAGAUUUUGAAAGGUAUGGAAAAGCUGGUUUCCGAAGUUGAUGCCGUGAAGUCCUUUGAAUGGGGACAAGACAUAGAAAGUGAAGAGAUGCUUAGACAAGGAUUCACUCAUGCCUUCUUGAUGACAUUCGAAAAGAAAGAAGAUUACACUGCAUUUACUAGCCAUCCCAGCCAUAUUGAAUUCUCUGCAACGUUUGUUGCAGCCAUUGACAAGUUGGUGGUGCUUGAUUUUCCGUCUGUUGCUGCAAAAUCUCCAGCGUGAUCCUCUUGCCAAGAUAUCUUUCAACAAUAAAAAAAAGAAGCUAUCUAGGAAUUUAAGUAUUUAUUAUGCUUAAUCUCUCUUUUGUUUGCAUCUCUAUGUUUUCUGGCUAUGUGUUAUGGUUUUCUGCCAUUUCUGUCAAUUCCCCAAUAAUCUUAAUUUCAAUUAUUGAUAUGCAUAUCA